UGACAAUUGGGCAACACCAACCACGAACCCGCCUCUCCCACUUGCGCCACCGCGUCGACGUCGACCAAGGCAGCGAUGUCCACGUACGACGAAAUCGAGAUUGAAGACAUGGAGUACGAUGAGAAGGAGCAGAUUUAUACAUACCCUUGUCCAUGCGGCGACAACUUCUUCAUCACUCUGCAAGACUUGUACGACGGCGACGACAUUGGGACAUGCCCAAGUUGUUCGUUGACCAUCCGCGUCAUCUUCGACGAAGAUAACCUGCCCGAGCUGCGUGACGAAGAAGACGACGACUGCGCUGUGGACGAUUUGGUCGAGCAUGCCCAGGAAAAGCUCACCGUGGCGGCAGUGUCUCCGUGAACCACGUCAUCAAACCGUCGUAUUUAUCAACAUGAUUCGUCCAUUCUCGUAACAUUGUCGUCGUUGUGAUGAUCCCAACGGCAUUCGAG